AUGUGGACCCAACAAGACCAUGAGCUCCUUCCAAAGCCCAGUGACACUUUCCUAAAAGACCUACCACCUGCAAUCAAACGAUACACGUACCAAGGAGAGUCGCAGUGUUUGGACAUCAUCGAAUCCGAAUCCGCUGCCUUCGAGACCUCAACCGAAGCAGGCGAUCUCCUUCUUUUCGUCGCAGACACAGAAACUAUCGAAGCGAUUAAUCGCGAAGAAGACGCUUAUGAGCUCCAUAAAUACAUCUCGGCCUUUGAUACAAAUGAGCACCUCUUCUUGGUCAGAAUGCCUUUACUUCCGCGCAGCAUCGCGUCAGGUAUGAUGGAUCAAAUACUGCUCGAAGCAGCCAAUUCGAUGGACAUGUCCCGCUCUCUGGUACCAAUCUCAAUGAUGGAAAUCCGUGGAGGAUCGCGUGGAAAACAAGCGGACUAUGCCUGGAAACCACUCAGAAGCCCUCCUGGAAUGUCAAAGUUCCCCUCUGUGGUUCUCGAAGUAGCAUACUCGGAGAGUGACUACCAUCUCAACUCCUCCGUACGCUUCUGGCUGGAAUCUCAUAACGGAAAAGCAAAGAUAUGCCUGACUCUCCGUAUCAACCGUUCAGUUCCAGAAAUCCGAAUCGAGAAGUGGGAGAUUCAAAAUGAGCGCAUCCAUCGAUCCCAAGUCAUCCGAAUCACGAAGCGAAAAGACCAGACGUACAUCAGCGACUUUCCUCUUGUGAUCGCCUUUGAAAGUCUGUUCCUCCGUCCGCCAUCCAGUCCGAGGGAGAAAGACUUGGAGAUUUCGCAGCAGCAGCUGGAAAGGUUGGCAGAGACUGUUUGGAUGGAUCAGUUUGAGUGA